AGCAUAUACGUAUAACACGAAGUAAACAACAACUAGAAGUUGAUACUAUUUGUAGCUAUGACAAGAAACGUAAAUUGCAGACAUUCUUGUUUCUGCCUGGACUUGUAAAAAUAGAAAAUGAAAACUUGGAAAACCAGAUGAAACAAGGAAAUCUUGUUAUGAAUUGGUAACAGCUUUUUUAUAUGGGGAAGGAAUCUAAAUGAUGUCAGGCAGUGAAGAAAUAACGGUUGACAAAGACACAGCAAAUCCAACAAAGGCCUGGGAGAGAAUUCGGAUCCACCAGCAGCACAUCCGAUGUCCCCACCCAGACCCGGUCACCCCUGUCACCCCCGACAAGAUCAGGUUUGUCUGUAUCUCUGACACCCACGGGAAGAUUGAGAGGUCAGGGUUACGUAUGCCUGCAGGAGACGUGCUUCUUCAUGCUGGGGACUUCACAAUGAGAGGAAAUCUUACAGAGAUAGAGAAAUUUAACUCCUACUUAGGUUCUCUGCCAUACCAACUAAAGAUCCUUGUAGCUGGAAACCAUGAUUUAACUUUGGAUGAAGAGCUCAGUGAUUCAACUCUGUUGUCAUUUGGAUUGCGAAAAUCUGAGAUAGAGUCUUACCUUAAAGCCAGGGGACUUAAAUCUGUCAGCAAAAUGUUAACAAAUGCCAUCUAUCUCCUAGAUUCUUCAGUCAGUAUUUGUGGGAUCAAGGUCUAUGGUGCACCCUGGUCACCAAAGCACUUCAAGGGAAUGGCUUUUCAGCCGCGUAGGGGAGCAGGAUUAAAGAAAUGUUGGGACAAAAUACCAGAAAAUACUGAUAUUUUAAUGACCCAUACCCCUCCUUGUGGACAUGGGGACCUGACCGGUGGUAACAAUAAUGUAGGCUGUGUGGAGCUCCUCAAUACAGUACAGAAACGUGUCAAACCAAAGUACCAUGUGUUUGGACACAUUCAUGAAAGUUAUGGGAUGACUUCUGAUGGGUUCACGACCUUUAUCAAUGCUUCAACCUGUACAAGGAGAUACAAACCCACCAAUUCACCUAUUGUGUUUGACCUUGACAUUCCAGAGGGACAUAGUAAAGAGGAACUUUUACACAUGGAGGAAAAAUCCUGAUAUUGGCUGAUUCUUAUGUAGAUUCAUUAAUUUAUUUCACAAUUAUAUACAUGUAUUUAUGAAAUACUUGCAUGCAUGUGAAUAUGCAUGUCCCUGUGACUUUGACCUUGAAAUUUGACCCACUUUUCAAAAAACUUGAACAACCUUGGUCAUGACUAUUGAAUGAAAAUAGAUAAAGGGAUUGAAGAUUUUUUUUAGUAGUAACGGAGAAAGGUCACAAUAACUGUAUCAUUUACAGUAUAACCCUGAUAUUUUUUUUUUAAUAAUUUGGAAAAGUUAAGAUUAUUUUUAUUUUAAAAAGUAUUACUAAUUUCAUUAGAAUGCAACUGGCAGGACUUUAUGCAAGAGUUGUAAAACAAUGACACCACAUCUGAUUAUACACCAUAUUAUAACCCAGAACAUUACUUAAUGCUGUUUUGCAUGGCUCAUAUUUAACUGAUAUGCCUACAGAAAGCCUUAUAUACAUAUACAAGCUUCUGAGGGGUUUUAGUUCCUAUGGUAAAAUAUAUUCUGUCAAGAAAAUGAUUGACUUUUAAUUAAACUUAAGUUGAAACAAGGGAAAAAGGGUCAUAGGAAGUUUUUUUUGUGAAUAAUUUUUUUCUGAAAUAUUGUCUGUGAUAUUAAUUUUAUACAGUGUUUAUACAUGUUUAUAUAUUAAUCCCUGUUCAUGACUCAUCAAUUUAUAAUAUUAUUUUUAUUCAAAGUCUAUUAAAAGAUA